AUGGCUGAUAAGCGUCACAUGUGUCUGCUGGGAAGGAUCAUUAUCUGUGCACUUCUCACAGGUAUCAGUGGAGCAGAAGUGACUCAUGUGUUCAGUUCUGGUGGAGAUGUCCGUCUGUCCUGUAAUAAUGCUCUUUCUGGCUGCACAUCAACAUUUUGGAUCUACAGCAGACCGUCAGGGACAGUUGAACUGAUUGUUGGAGGAAUAAAGAAGAAUAACACAGAGAGACACGAGAGACUGAGUCUGGGCUCUGACUGCUCUCUGAACAUCAAGAAAGUCACAAAAGAAGAUCGUGGACAUUACACCUGCAGACAAUAUGUGAAUGAACAACAACAAGGAGCUGAUGCACAAGUUUAUCUGCAUGUUCUUCAUGUGUCUUCAUCAUCCUCACAGUCUGAGAUCAGAUCAGGCCGCUCUCUGACUCUCUCCUGUCAGUUAUAUAAUUAUGAUCGAAUCUCUUGUAUUACUUUAGUCCAUUCUGAGGGUGUUGAUCUGAUCUGGGUGAAUCAGUCUGGUGUGAAUCUGCAGACAGACUCCAGAUUUCAGAUCUCAUUCUCCUCAGAACAGUGUAUCAUAUCUCUGACUACAACACUCCUGAAUGAAGAUCACAACAGAGAGUGGAGAUGUCAGCUUAAACACAGAGAUCAACUGAAGACCUCAGCCACAUAUACUGUCAAGUAUCCAACUCCAAGCGAAACAAAGCCACCGUCUCCAGUCACCAGCUCUAAAUCAGCUUCAGCUCCUACACAAGCAGAAGCAGCUGACACAGCAUCAGAAACUGUAGUCUGUAUGACUGCUGGAUCAUUAAUCAGAGUGAUUGUGAGUAUUGUAGAGAUUGCAGUGUUUGCUGCUCCUACUGUGAUUCUUCUUCAGAUCAUCUGUGCGAGAAGAGCUGGAAGGAAGAACUCUCGUCACCAAAAUGAAAUCGAGAUGUCUGCAGUUCUACAAUGAAACACCCAAACAGUGUAUACUAUAAAGAUUAUAGCAAUAAUUAUUUUAAUGUUUAUGGAUAUUAUAGAUAUUUGCAUUAGGCUGAAUGUUAUUUUCCAGUUAUCCAUAUUGUACAGACUGCUUUAAAUAUGAUAUUAAAUAAGGUCAUCAUCAAAGCGAGUCAGGUACCUUAAUAAACAUAUUUUAAAAUGUUAAAAAGAUUUAAAAUGUUUUAAUAGUCCAGAUCACAAUAUAUUAACAUAUGUUUUUAUUUUUUAUUUUAUGGAUCAUUUCAAUGCAGAGACAAAUCCUUACUU